GGUGCGGUGUGGCGGUACCUCGGGCACACUACACAGUCGUGUUUCGCCAUUCGAAAAGAAGGUUAUUGUUACAAUGACACGGGCACCGGACUGUCGAUAAAGUGUGUUUGUAUGUCGUUUUCGUCGAUAAUAAGUGUUGUGUUUACUUUCACCCGUGCGAAUGUCUCGAUCCUCACCUUUUUGUUUGUUUUUUCUUUUAAUCAUCGCCGCAUGGGACGGCUCUUACGUUUCAGUUAACCUUUUAUUUUGAAACGAUGGAACGUUGUUCUUAUGGUUUUUACACCAAAAGGUCUGAAAUCCUAGACAACGCGCAAAAGAAAAAAGACCAAGAAAAAGAGCCGCAGGGCUCUAGUUACCAACAACAGAUCUCUAAACCUGACAAACAGUUGCACUCCUCUGAGUUGCAGAGCGUCAAUGUGCCAGUAACGCAGCAUGUGCCUGCCCAGCAGCUGCUGUCUCCCUCGCACAGCUCCAACCAGUCCGCACAAUCUAAAGACGACUCCAAAGACAAAACAAUAAAAGUUGCCAAUUCCACUACUAUAACGCUUAUAGAGAACGGAAAUCUAAACAGCGACAAAGAUAAAGAUAACAACUAUCAUAAAAAUUAUUUUACGCUAGAGCCAAAAAUCGAUAAGAAAGAUGAGUGCAAUAAAAACAGUAUCACUAUAACUAAAACCAUACCGAAACAGUCACCUGGCAACAAUCAGGCUGAUAAGUCUAAAACGCAGAUAAAGCCGGCGAAGAGGCCGCUUCAGUACCUAGAGACUCUCGCCGAGAAGGCGGGCAUCACUUUCGAAGAUAAAUACGAAGCUGCUAAUACCCUAUUGGCUUUGGAUAAGCAAAACAACGCGAACCGACGGCCACCAGAGCUUAAGCAGCCGAAAUCAGAGCCAGAAAACCACAACCAAAACGACGAGUUUCGAUACAGGAAUCAAAAAGAAGAGGAUGAUAAAUUACAGAUACAGCAGCAGAUAAUCCAGCAGCAACAGCAACAGCAGCUGCAGCAGUUGCAGCAGCAACAGCAGCUGCAGCACUUGCAGCAACAGCAGCUACAACAGUUCCAACAGCAGGCGCUACAGCGUCAGCACCAACACCUGCAGCAACAUAUCAAAAAUCAGCAAGAGGAAUUACUACAAAAACAGUUCCAACAACAACAACAACAACAGCAGCAACAGAAAUCGGAAUUGUUGCAAGUUGCGCAGCAGCCGGAGCAACAGCAAAAGUUUUUGCAGCCCGUGCACACGCAGCAGUUCAACGUACCCGGCAUCGGUGAGAUCAACUUGAGUUUCCUGGCAUCACCUCAAAGCAACGUGAACCUGCUCUUCGACAAGAAUCAGAAAGCCGGCAUGAGCGGAGAGAUUAAACAGCAACAAAUCGUAGACGGCCAAUCCCAAGUAGUUCAGCAGAUGAGCAUGGCGCAGCACGAGGCGUCGCAGCAGCAUCACCAGACAGUCACCGUGGUCUCCUCAAUGCCCAGCAACAUGGCGCCGCAUCAGGUGCAACAGCAGCAGACAGGCGGCGGUAUUCAACAGCAAGCUAAUGCCGGCAUAUCGACAAUGCCGCCCCUGCAAAGCUUGCCUUCGAACACACAACACCCUCAACAAAUUAGCGCGGAGUGGGGCCACAGCCGCGUGCAGGUGAUACAGCAGCCGCUGCCGAACAACGCGUACCUGCAGCAGCUGUACAACGCGCAGGGGCCACUCAUCAUGCCCGGCAACAUCGCCCUGCAUCCCAGCAUCAACUCGCAACAGAUACAGGUCAUCGCAGCGGGCAAACCGUUCCAGGGCAAUCAACUGGCACCUCACAUGCUUACCACCCAGGGCAAACAAGUACUGCAGGGCCAAGCUGCUCCGUUCCCGGGAUACACGACGAUCCCGGCUAUACCGACGACGCAGAACCAGACGUUCGUGUUCAGCCCCCUGGGCGUGAUCAACUCACAGCCCAGCAUCCUCCCGGCGCACUCGCAGCCGACCGUCUCCGGAAUCAACCAACAACAGAAGCAGAACGACUUGCAUAAGUGCGGUGGUAAGGUGAGCGGCGGCAAGGCAGGCGGCGCUCAGACGGUGCCGGUGGCGGCCCAAUGCGUGCAAGUCUCGCAACCAGUGCUCGGCGCACAACAACCCGCGCAGGCGCAGAUCAUCAGCCCACUACAGGCGGGCGGGCAGCCGAUGCAGUUCGCACCAUGGCAGAUCUCGGGCGCGCUGCCGCAAGUGUGGGCAGGCGGGUUGCAGGCGGGCACGCUGCCGGCUGGCGGCCUCAUCGCGCCCAACCCGAUCUUCAUCCGCGGCACACAGCCCGACGCGCCGCCCUCCAUGUUCAUACAGCAUUCGCCGCAGAACAACAUACAGCAUAACAAUGCGAGUGUCGCGUGCGCCACUGCCUCGACGACCAAGCCGCGCGCCUCCUCCGACGGCAUGACGAAGGCCCAGCGGCCUCUCUCCAACAUCCUGCCAUCUGGAGGUAUCCGGCCCGCGUCUAGUGUGUCCACGCAGACGAACGCCAAUCAGAGUCAGGGACAGACUAAACACCGAGGCAAGCCUGGUGUGCGCUCACCAGCCCCUGCGUCCAAACAAGAUGCCGCCAAUCAGACCAACAAGAUGCAGCAUCAGCUACAACAGCCGAAACAACAGCUGUUAGUGAUGAACUCAAGCGGUCAGAUGACGCAGAUCACAAGCGUGCAGGAGAAGCAGCCGAUCAACAAGAGCAUCCAGCAGCAGGCGAUCAUGCAGCAACAGGCCAUGCAGGUUACUAUUCAACAACAGCAGCAAGCGCAACAACAGCAACAACAAGCGCAACAGCAGCAACAGCAACAGCAGCAAGCGCAGCAACAGCUGAUUCACCAACAGCAAACUCAGCAGAUGGUGCAGCAUUAUCAGCAAGGUAUGUCCCUGGGUAUGCAACAAGGCACGCUACCCGUGGGAUCAGUGGCUCAGACUUUGCCCAUGACUGGACUCCCGCAGACCAUCUCCAUGGUCCAGCAGAUCCAUCCUAUCAGCGCCAUGGGCCAGGCUGGGACACUGGUCGGUCAGAUCAACACAAACCAGGCCCAGCAGAACGCUCCACUCACACAAGUUCAAACCUUACAGCCACAAACACAGACGCUCGUUGGAAGCGGCUUAGUGCAGACGUCAGUAGGUAUGGCAGUGCAACAGCAGGCUAACUUGAGCCACACCACGCCCAUGCAGACGGUAAGCGCAAACAACUUGAGUUCCCCGCAGCUGACGCUGCAGGCGGCGCAGGGCACGGUGGGGCUGCUCGCGGCGCCGGUGCAGGGCUCCGUGCUGCCGCUGCAGCCGCCCGCCACGCUCGUCGCGCACGUCAAGACCGAAGACGACAAAUCACAGCUCGCCGCACAGGCGCCGCUGGUGCAACAGAUAGCGCCGCAACAGAUUGUGAGCGCCGAGUCGACGACAGAAGCAGCGUCGACGACUACGGUGUUCAGUUCAGCUCCCGCCGUGUCCAGCGUGACCACCGUGUCCACUGCAGACGCCUCCAUAUCUACGAGCACGUCCUCCGUUGGUCCAACGCCUACGUCCGAGUCGUCCAAGUCGAGCUCGUCGAAGGAGGAGUCGGCGCCGGCGGAAAGCGCGUCCACUCCGGCGACCGCGUCCACCGCGCCGGUGCCAAGCAGCGCGCAGCAGACCACGCCCCUCGCGCCACAGGUGGUGACCACAGUGGCGUCAUCGACGUCGUCAUCAUCGACAAUGACGGCGGCCAUCACGGCGCCGGUCUCCUCCGGCACCAGCACGUCUCUAUUCAAAAGUACGCAAUGUACACCGAGAAAUAUUAGUCAACCAACUGUGCAUGACAAAGGAUUGCCGAAAGCAAUGGUAAAGCCAAAUAUUCUUACUCAUGUUAUUGAAGGGUACGUUAUACAAGAAGCAGGCGAACCGUUCGCUGUAAGUAAACCGGUGACUGCGAACAGGCCGCUUCGGGAAUGGGCCGCGGACAAGGAGCAAGAUAAGGAGAACAAGUUGCCCUCGACGGAUGAACCCCCGCGUAAGAAGCAAAUGCUGGAAGGUGGUGCGAGCCUGGCCCGCAUCAGCUCGAGCAACGACAGCGCCGUGGAGAACACCACCACCAUCAGCGCCAAGGACAGUGCCCCUACUCCGAUGGAAGUGGCAGACAGCGCGCCCGCUGCCUCCGAAGCCACACCACAGCCCAAGAUACCCAACGCUAAUAAGUGGAGCGUGGCAGAAGUAUGCGACUUCAUUCGCAACAUCCCAGGGUGUGCGGGGUACGCGGACGAGUUCCUCAUGCAGGAGGUGGACGGAGAGGCGUUACUUCUCAUCAGACCUGAGCACCUCGUCAUGGCGCUCUCGAUGAAGCUUGGGCCCGCGCUCAAGAUCGUCGCCUGCAUCGACUCACUGCGACCUGAGAGCGAGCAAACCACUCACGAACAUGAUUGAGGUGCUUACUAUGGUAUUAGAACGGAAACGUGCUGCCCUCAAAUUGUGGAGGCCUAUAGCAGGAUUGAAGUGAAUAUAACAAGCACCAUCAUACAAAUACAUUCGCUCUAGGAAAACGAAAUUAUUGAUACCCAUCAAUGAAACUUUCCCUGUGUACAAACCACAGAUGUCGAGCGAUUGAAUCUAAUGUAUAGAUAAUUUAUGUAGUUUUCAAAUGGUCGUGCGCCAUUGUAUUUAUUUGUUGAAUGUUGAUUUUAAUAGCACUAGAAUUAUUCUUUACACAUUACGGCUUGUUUAGUUUACGUUAGUUGCUAGCGUGUUUGCGAGCACGCGUCUGCACCAACACUUGUUCGCAAGUACCCCGUUCUUUGGGACAAAUGUCGAAAGAUCCGCCUACUUAGAUAUAACUUUGUAUACUUAAUUCGCGCACUUAUGUUUUACUGUUACGUCUCUCUGUAAUGAAUGAUUAUUCUUUAGUUUAUUAUUUGUCUCACAUAGGAUACCCUUGUGCAGGCUUAAAUGUGAAUCACUAGAUCUCCAAACAAACAAAUUUUAAAACAAUAACGGAAUAAUUAUAGAAGCCAGGUUAUAUUAUUUUUAGUAUGAGAUCGAAGUAACACACGGGGUAUAAAUGAAACUUUAAUUUGUCAUUCUCGCUUACAUAUAUUUUUAUUAACAUUUUCAAUGCAAAAAUAUUUGUAUCAGGCGGAAUAAGUAGUUUGGAAAUUAGCAAUGAUUUACAUUUAACCCAAAUACCUUCUUUAAUCAAUGUAUCUUACUGUGGUGAAGGGCGAAAUUUUCGGACACAGAACCCAACAUAAUAUAGGAACUAAUAUGUAUGAAUGCGGUCUGCAAAUCAUUCUAAUGAAAAUUAGGUUCUACAUACGGGGAAACCGGCAAGACCCUUCGUCACUGGUAUGUUAUGUGUUAAUUAUUAACGUAUUAAAUGGUCUCUUGAUGUUAUAUAUUAUUAAGAUAAAUUAUAGUGAGUCUUUUGUGACUUAACUUUAACGUAACGGGGCAAAGCACUCGUUACGCGAAAGUUUAUUCCACAUUAAAGGCGUUGCAAAAUGUACGUGCUAUUUGAUAACGUACUGUGUUCACUGCUUAUAUAGUUCAUAUUUAUAUGCUGAUCGAAUAUUGUUGGUAUACGCAAUUAUACAACAACUUUGCAUAAAUAAGUAGCUAAUUUAUAAAUGGAUUAAAUGUAUUACGCACACAUUUCAGUGCUCAAUGUAAGUACAUUAUAUAUUGGAAUUUGACUGUACACUGUUUAUUUACUUGGUAAUGUAAAACGUUCUAUUUGAACCCUCGAACAUCUGUGAUAGAGUGUUGCCAAAUUAUAAAGUCAUGUGUUCAUUGGUUAAAGCCUUCGUGCUUUGUGUACUUUUCAAAUUAGAUUCGUAUAAAUUGGAGGUGUUACUACUUUAUAAUUUGAGUAAAUAGUCGUUAUCCAAAACACCUACAAAUAACUUAAUAAAAUCAUCUGAUUUUAAAUAAGAAAAGAUUGUAAAAUAACAAAAGUUUUACUGAUAUAUUAUUAUUAACACUGUUCAACAGGUUUUUAUAAAAAUCUUUCAUAUACCUAUCUUAACUGGAACAACAUGUAUAAGAAUGAAAAAAUAAUAUAUAUUAUGUAUAACAUUCUUGAUGUGAAUCUGUUAGCACUGAACUGUGUGCAUAAUUUUUUUUAUAAGUGUUACGCGAUGUUUAUUUUGUUUAUUAUCAUUGAGUAUCACUUUGGACAAUGGUUUUUAUUUAUAUUGCAUUAGUUUAUAUCAUGAUUUGUAUUCAGGAUGUCUUCAGUGGAACUCUAUGUUGUACAAAUUUAAAAUUUAAUGAUACUAUGAUGUUGAUUGUUUAUAACAUAAUAUUUAAAUAACUUUUACCCGUUAUAUAAUAUUUAUUAAAACCUUAUAAAGCGAAUAUAAAAUUAAUUAGCACCAUUGGUGAGUUAACUAGGUUUUAUUAACAAUUUUGAAACAUUGGCUAUUUCGAAUUAUAUGUCAGAUCAGUUCCACUGAAGAGUUAUUUUCUUUUAUAGUAUGGUGCUAAUUAGUUAAAUUUGUAUGCUACAUUAAUUUGUGGUUAAGUUGUAAUUGAUUUGUCUUUAUGUAAAUAAUUAGACGUUUAGUUUGUAGUCCGCACUGUCUAGGAGAGUUAUUGUUUUGUAUCUAUAGGUAUUACACGACAGCGCCGCGUAGGGCAUUUGUUUCUAACGUAAAAUAUACAACUAACGUUAUGACAUUAUGAAUCUUAUCAUUGUAAUUGAAAAUUGGAUCCCAAUUAGAAAAAUCAGUAAAAGUAUAAUUAGCUGAUAUUUGUAGGUACGUUUAGGUAUUCAUGUGGAUCAGUACAUGUUUAGUGAAAUGUUAGCCGAGAUCGGUACGCGUUUUAGUCGAAUGUUUAACAUGAUAGAACAGACAACGCGUCGCUCUUGUAUUGUAAAUAUAACCCGGUCGAGAAGAGAACGACGGGAGAACCUUUACGCGAGUCUUCAUCGUUUGUACAUAUUACUAUUGAGUUAGAUACCAAAAACAGGUCAGUACAAUAUCAUAUAUUUAGAUUUGGGAAUUUGAAACUAUUUAAGCUAUAACGUACGUAACUGUUUUGGAGAUAUUUUCUAAAUUUAUAAGUUAUAUAAUUGUAUACUAUCAAGGAAGCUACUUCGAAUAUUAAAUGGAUGUUUGUAUUUGGACCCUCUUUAGAUGGGUAGGUGCUUGGUCGCGCAGAGGUGUAGUCACGACUUAUGACACGUGCAAUGUGCUGUGCUCAGUCGACGCGAGGCACCAGUCUCAUGUUUAUGAAGAUACCUACUUGUUUCAAUAUGUGUAGUAGUUUUAAUUUACACGUAUGGUAUAUAUGUUUGUACAUAUUGAAUUUACACAACUGCUUGAGCACUGCCAUCGGAUUAAAUAGAAGUGGUGCGGUCACGCGUUAGUGUUUCAUGAAAUCACGUGUCGCUGUCCCGUAGCAAUGUGUGACCGCUUUCAGUAAAAUAAUUGAUGUCCCAUCCACCUUGCUCAAAUGGAUAAAGAAGCUAAUUUGUUCGUAAAUAAACCUAGUAAAAAUAAAAAAAAUUGAGACUGA